UAUAUAUUUAUUCUUUUUUUUUUAUCACAUUUAACUUAGCUUACCCCCAAACAACAAUCAACAAAAUGAAGUUCUCCACCACUGCACUUUUCUUCAGCCUCUUUGCUGGCUCCAUGGCCCUCAUCGUCGACAACGAGGGCGUCAAGAAUUCCCCCCGUCACCUUUUUGAACUCGUCUCCAGGGCGCCCAUCCCUCAGACCGGUGCCCAGGGAGCCGACCCCGCCAAGGACAAGAAGGACCCCGCCAAGCAGAAGAAGAAGGCCGACGACGCACCACAGGUGUUCAAGGACAACAACGGCAGGGCCGUCCCCGAUGGCGGCUGCUGCGUCAACGGCAACAACUUGCGCGAGGACAUUUGCACUGUCCGCAAGAAUGCCGGCCGCUGCAUUCCUGCAGCCAAAACCCGCGAGGGCUGUGUCGGACUGACUUGCAUCGACAACAAGCUGCUGUCGUGUGAUGCCAACAUCAAGGAUCGUGGCCGUGACAAGUGCGUUCUGGACCUCGAAAAGGAAAAGAAGGAAAAGGAGAGGGAGGAAAAGGAAAAGGAGGGCAAGGGAGGACAGGGAGGACAGGGAGGACAGGGAGGACAGGGGGGACAGGGAGGACAGGGAGGACAGGGAGGACAGGGGGACAGGGAGCUCAGGGAGGACAGGGGGACAGGGAGCUCAGGGAGCCCAGGGAGCCCAGGGAGCCCAGGGAGCCCAGGGAGCCCAGGGAGCCCAGGGAGCCAAGGCCGGAGACGCCAAGAAAAAGGGCCAAUAGACAAAGAUCUAUAAGAUGACUGGCGAAGCAGAAGAAGGCCAUCAAACAAAGAGGGGGAUUGGUUGCAUUCAUUCUGGACCUGGCGGUGUACUGGAUCAAGUACAACUGUAUAGUAUCAAAACCCCCUCAUGUAUCACAAGUCAAAUUAAGUCGAGAUCUCUGUCGACGGCAG